AUGCGUUGUAUACCAGACCUGGAUAUAGUUUUUAAUCGCGCAAUUAUUGUGCUAAAGACUCGCAUCGUAUGUUUCACAAUAAUAAUAUUAUUAUCAUCAUCAUUAUCCAACAGUUUUAGCAGUAAGUAUCACAUCGGCAUAAAUGAAUUUAACAUAUUAUGUACUUAACUACUCAACGAAACAGGGGCGUGAUACGGUGAGGGAUACGGGAGAUAGAUCCCCCCAUGAGCCGUAUUUAUAUAGUAUAUUGUUAUUUUAUACAAAUUAAAAGUUCAAAUAUAAAUGUUCAAACCAAUUGGGUAUUAAAUCAAAAAAAGACGUCCUAGAAUAAUGGGGACGGGUGAAAUCACUGUUAUAGAUAAUUUAUUGUAUACCUUCAAGCAACGAUAAACCAUUGCUUACGAAAAAACGAUCCUGAGCGGAGUUCAGUUGAUAAUGAUGCUUUGUCAACAAUAUAUAUAUAUCAUAUUAUGGUAUAAUAAUUAAAUAGGAAUUAUAUAUUAUCUUUAAUAAUAUUUGUUUAGUGUACCGAUUUUUCCGUUUUUCCUACGUUUUUCUUGAUUUUCCCAUAUUUUUUCCUGGUUUUUCACAUUUGCUGGGAAAACUCUUGAGAAAAUCGAAAAAUAACUCCCAAAGUACCACCCUUUCAGAAAAAAGUCUACAUCGUAUGCAUUUGAAUAAGUUAUGUGGUAGAAUCGUAUAAUUGUAUAAUUUAAAAAAAAUCUAAAAAUGAAUUUAUAAAAAAAGUUAAAAUAAAAAAAAAAUUGUAUUAAUAAAAUAUUUUAAUUUGCAUAUUUUCCAAUUUUACGUGCUAUUUUAUAUCGCUUAUUGUGAUGUUCUUAAGUGCAUAUUAAAGCGCUAAAACUUUAAUAUAUUAGUGCUAUAACUUCCUAGCCCUGGUAAUGAUUUAUUAAAUGUUAAUAAGGGGGGGAGGUCGUGUGAGGUUAGCCUCUCAAGAGAUCGCUGUGAAGAUUUAUUUUGAUAUCUCCCCCUUAAAAUAUUCUUAAUUACGUCACUGUAACAAAAUCAAAAUGAUAUGUUUACGUUAUGAUUAAUAUUAUUAUAUUUUAAUACAGUAGAAUCUGCUUAAUGGGGACAAAUUGGCUGAGUCCCGAAUGAAAGUACUCGUUUUAGGCAAUUUAACUUCGUUAUUAUUGGAGACGUUAUUUUUAAAAUAUUUAUUAGCUCCAGUCCGAUCAGAUUUCAUUGUUUAAAUCAUUAAUUCAGUCCGAUCUAUCAAGUUUUAAUUUCUCUUGUUUGGUCCGGUUCAAGCUUUGCAAAAACAAAACGUAUCAAGUUGUAUAUAGAGCUAAAUUAUACUACUACAAGUAAAUGCAUAAUAAUCCCCAGUCCUAGAUUAAAAGGGGCAGGGUGUGCCACAAUCUUGGAUCUCACGAAAAAUAGCGGUCCACAAAGACCAUAUUAUGAGUUAAAUCAAAUAUUUGAAAAGCUUUUAGAUUGUGAACAAUUUUUUUACCAGAAAUCUUACUCCAAUGUAUGGAGUGUAACAUCUUUUCUGAAAUGUAAUUUUGUCUAUUUAAUGCAUUAGGUAGGCAAUUACAUUUUUAAGGGGUUUUCAAAAUAAGUGGGAAAAAUCCGAAAAAUAAUUAUAAGUAAAACAUCAAAUAUUUACGGCACGCCUCGGUAUUUCCGAUUUUAUUGUUUUUAAUUUUUAAAAACUAUGUUUUCUACCAGAAAUAUUAUUCCAUUAGAAAAAUGACAAAUAAUCUUUUUUGUUGGAUUUUUAAUUUAUAGUUGGUGAAGAAUAUCGUUUUUUGGUUUUAUUUGUAGUUUUUUGAAAAAUUGAGCAAAAUCGGAAAAUACAUAUAUAGAAGGUACGGGAAAAUUUACGAAAAUAAUUAGGUAUUUUAUGAUUUAAAAUUUAAGUUUUUUCUAAUUUAAUUUAGUUUAAAAUAUUUAUAGGUACUUAAAAUUUUGACUGGAAACUUAAAUUUGCUUUUUAUAGACGUGAUAAAAUUUUCAAAAUAUUUGAGCCAUUUUUAAUUUAUUGAGUUUUUACGUAAUUUGUAUUCGGUAAGUACUCUGUGGAUAAAAUUGUAAGACGAAACAGAAAUGCUUGAAAAUUUGACAGAAGGUUCAUUUUAAUUCAUAUUUAGUGGUAAAAAAAAUAAGUUUAAUGUAGUAUUUUUAUUUUUAUAAAAGUUUUAAAAUCAAAUUUUAACGAAAAUCGUAAAUAUUUCAAAACCUAAUUGAACCUCGCUUUUCAUUAGCAAAGGUUUAUCGUUAGUUAUAGGGCAGGCAUAAAUUAAAUAAUUUUAUGUAUCCCACUUUCUUAACUAUUCACCUAUAAAAAUGGCUGCACCCGUUCCUAGUAUCAGCUCUUUUUUUUUGUUUGCUUAUAUUUGCUCGUAUCGACAUAGCUAUAACCAUUAGGCGACGAAAACCAAUUUGUAAUAAUACUGAAAUUCAAAUAUUGUAUUAAUAAUGUACUUUCCUAUAGUUUUACUGAAUUUGUUUUCCAUGUGUAUUAAAUCCAUAUAUUUAUAACAUAUAUAUAUAUAAUUAUAAGGUAGUGGUACUAGUUACAUAAAACGCAGUAAAAUAGUUUUAAUGAAAACUAAUGAUAUUACCUUCACCAGACGUUUCGUGUUUGUAUAUAAUAUUAUAGCUAGUCCGGAAUAUUUGGGAUGUUUUUUAUACGACGAUUUAAAUACUUCAAACGGAAUACAAAUGGCAUCGUCGACACCGGAGACGUGUUCAGCCGAAUGUUUUGCAAAAAAUUACACUUAUGCAGAAUUCAAUAACGAAUCGUAAGUAUACGCCAAUAUAUAUACAUUAUACACACCUGUAUAAUAUAUAAUUACUAAUUAGAUAAACAAAGUAUUCUCAAUAAAUAUUAUAAUAUUAUAAAAAUAAAUUUAGAUUUUGUCGCUGUACCAACAAUUACAUGUCUAAAUUGAUGAAGGAAACGGACGAUUACUGUAGUAAUUCCCUUACAUGUACUAGAGGCAUCAAGUCAAACAAAUGUCGAAUGUUCAUUAAAUCGUUAAAAGUCCAUAAUACGGGUAGUUAUCUAUUUAAUUGAAAUCGAAAAAAUUCUAAAUUAUUAUAAUAUACUAUUUGUAAUAUUGUGUAAUAAGUCGAAGAGAGCUAUCCUCAAGCCAUCUAUUUGGGAUGUUAUAAAGAAAAUAAAUUUGAUGAUCGAAAUCGUUUGUUAAAAGUUCCCUACAAAGGCUUCCCAGACAAUACACCGCAAAAAUGUUCUGAAGAAUGUUUUAAAAUUGGAUUUUUAUAUUCUGGAACGACAUACGGAAAAGACUCGGAUAAAGGGUAUGUACUUACUACAUAUGUUUAAAAUAAUACUAUAUAAACAAUAUAAUAUAGGAUGUCCCACAGAAAUCUGACAAAUGCAAUGCUUUUUUUUAUGUUUAAUAUUUUUAGGUUUAUGUCUUGUAAUAAUUAUUACUAAAGCGUAACCUUACGUUAUGGUUCUUUAAUUUUAUAUUUUUUAAUAAUUAAAUAAUACUAGGUAUCCUCAACUUCCUACCCACAACUUUGGCACACCCGUCGGUAGUGACUAUUCUAUUUUGAUUAACAAAGAAUAAAUAUAUGAUUACAAAAAGUUUUUAAUCAAGUCAAUUUGUAUUAAAAUAAUUAGGUAUUUUAUGGACAAAUCGACUGUAACAUGAAAUUUGUUAGACCCUGUAUAAUAUACAGUCUUAAAAUGUUUCUUUAAUAAAAUACACUAAUAAAAAUAUAAUAACACGACGAUUGUCAUUUGAUAUUAUGUUACUACUAAAUUUUGGUUAGGUAUAAUAGGUUUUUAUAAUAAAAUUUUAUAAAAACGGCUAUUAUAAGUAAUAAUAUAUUUAAUAUUAUGUCAUAAAUCGUAAUCAAUUCCAAGUUAGUUGGCACAAAACAAAAUAUAUAUAUAUAUAUAUAAAUAAAAAACAAUAAUAUAGUUUCAUUCUCUAAUGAAAAUAGAUAUCAAUAUUGUAUUCUAAUAAACACGACAAACAAGGUCACAGAGUCAAUAAUCGAUAUUAUAAUGGAAAAUAUACUAUUAUACUUACAUUUGACUUUGUUUUAACUUUAAAUGUAAUUAUAAUAUGAAUUAUAUAAUAAAUAUAUAAAUAUUUAAGCUAUUUUUUUCAUAUGUGUCAUUUACUCGAAUAUAUAAAAUGGUCACCAUUUGAUAGUGAUAAAUUGAGUUAGCCACUUUCUUAGUAUAUGCAGGACUGGAUUAGUUCGGCGUGCGAUCGAGCAAAACUCGAUUGCUACCUUAUUGACUUUGGGCAAUUCUAUUAUAUAGUCACAACUGGUUUUAUUAGUGGAAUAAUGUUUAUAUUCUAUCAGAGCAAACGCCAAAUGGUUUAAGAUCAAUCAGUGAAAUUUGAAAUAAUCACCGUUAUCGAACGUGGUCCAUAUUUUAAUUUAUAAUUUAUAAAAUUAUAGGCCGUAGUCCUGUAGCAUCGUCAUUAAUCAGUUGUCGAGUGGAGAAAAUUAUAGCGUUUUCCACAUAGACUGCACCGGAUGCACUAGUGCUCAUUUUUAUAGUGCGGGUUUUUAUGUUUCACAUACAUGUACUCUACUAGUUUAUUGCUCCGAAUGCAGUGAUAAUAAUUGCACGAGCUCCUCGAAUUUGUGUGCCUUAUCUUUUAUUGAUAAAGGUGCUUAUCUUAAAUAUAAUAUAAUCCUUUAAAAAAGAAAAUAAUUGAUUGGUGAUUUUAAAAUUAUGUUUCACUCACAGAUAUAUAAAAAUAUUGUUUUAUAUAUUAUCUGUGGUUCCAUUUGAAUACUUGAUUCGAAUAUUGAUUCGACUGCAUUGAACAAUUUUUCGGGCAAUAUCAGUUGCUCGCUCUUGGUGCAACAGUACACACUUGUGGAAAACGCCAUUAUUAUAUAUUUUUCGUUUACCGUUAGAAACGAGAUAGAAUCUUAUCUUUGGAUAUUAUAUACUUUUAUCAUUUAAUAGCUUUGACUUUUACUGAUAAUAUUUAUUAGGUACAUAGUUUCAUAGACUGCAGAGUAUACAUAGAUAUUAUAAAUAACAAUAAACAAAAAAAAGUCAAAAUUAUCGUAUUUGUAAUUUAAAUUUGAUUUUUAUUUUUUUGGUAAUACUAAUUACUGGUGUCUAAUGCCACUUAUAUUAAAUUUGAAAUUUAAUAACUUGUAUGAUCCAAUGGAUAAAACACAUGUGGAGCGAAAACAGCUCGCCUUAUUAAUCACAUUACAAACUUCAAGUCCAAAAUAUAGCCACUAACCUUUAUUAUUUCUACUUCUGAAAAAUGUAUGGGGAGAGGGUAGUUUUCAUUCAUGGUCUAAAAAAUGUUUGUAAAAUUAUUUUCAUAAGAAAAAUGUUUUCAUCAGUGUAUGUUUUAAAUAAUUAAAUAAUAAACCAAGUACUGAACUUUUUUGAGGGGGGAGGAUCAUUUAAUCAUCAGGCUUAGUUAACUCUAAUUACCCAAUCCGACCCUGUAUAUAUACUUUAUAAGCGUUCUCUCUCGCUCAGUGACGUAGGUACAUAACCCCCAAAAGCAAAAGUAAAACCAGUACUAUAAUAAGUAUACUAAAAUAUAAACUAUAGGCCAAAAAAUAGGUAAUCUUUGAUAUAUUUAAAUGUAUUAUAAUAUUAUGUAGGCAAUAUUUGUCAUUUAUUAAUAUGGCAAAAAUUCUUAAUUCGUAUAUUCUGUUUAUAUUUUCCCACACCUUUCGGUUUAAAUCGAACAGAUAGUUAUAUGAGAUCCCUGCUAUUGUAUUUUCGAGCUAAUUUCAAAGCUCUCCAAUCUUCUUUCCAUACAGAGUUGAGACUAAAAUAUACGUUGUUUAGGUCAACAGCUGUUUUCAAAAGUGGUUUUUUUCGAUUUAAGCUUUGAGGAGACUAUGUCAUGUGGUUUCUAAAAGUAAAGGACUUUUUCAGGGCAAAUCCGAGCUAGGUAUUUCGGAAAUGUCCUAAAUGAGUGACAUUACUAAUUAUUUAGGUUAAACGCAGAUGAUUCUGUUUUUCCAGAAUUCGGCCGUAGUUUCUAAUUUUUGAGGUAUAUUUCUAAAGUUUGUAAAUCAUUAUAUAACACGUUUUUGGUUUUCAAUUUACGGAGAUUAAGUUAGAUUAGAUUGGCAGAGGAAAAAAUUAACCUGAUCUAAAUAUUUGAAUUCCUAUUGAAAAACUAAAAUAACACUCCUGGAAUAAAGUACUUAUAAAAGUAAUGAAAAAUAUAAAUUUGUAUCAUUAGAACACAGCUAAACAGCUGUAUUAUAAUGUAAUAUAGUUUAUAUAGAUACAAUUUGAAUAUAAUAUAUUCAUAAAGUUUAAGUUGAAAUAACAAAUCAACGACUUGGAAAAAAAAACAAAUAUAUAAAUAAAUAACUUCGACGGAUGUUCCGCAACUAGAAUUGGUAAUCCUCUCAUCACGAUCGUGGGAUUAGUCCCACAGGAAUCGUGUUUUGGAUAAGUCGUUCGGUUUAAACAUCGGAAAUAAUAUAUACAAUAACCGUCCCUAGUGAUGGCGGUGAAGUAUUCUGUUCGUUAAUUUAACCGCAUUUUAUUAUAUACAUAUAUAAAUAUAAAUUUCGUUAUUAAUUUUUUAUCAUUUUUCACGAAUAAUAGUAAUAAUAUUAUCCCUCUCUAUUAUUCUUCGCCCAAGGAUUCUUGUUAGUAGUUUUUUUUCUUAAACUCCCACCCUGUUUUCAUCCAAUUUCGUCGUUGCUCAUACUUCACAUAAAAAGCUUAUUUAAAACUUUAAAAUUUAAAUUAAUUUAUUAAAAUUGAUACAUUUUUUCUUUCAGAAAUUUUUGUUGGUGCGGUAAUCAAUACCCGUCAAACAAAUUUAAAAUAAAAGAUUCGAAAUGUGAUUCUAUUUGUACUGGUGACAAGACGAAAAAUUGUGGUGGUUACUGGACUCUGAGUAUCUAUGCUACUGGAAUCGUUGGUUAGAAAUUCAACAAUUUGUAUUUAAUAUGGUGUCAUUGUAUUAAUAAUUGUGCAUUUACCUUAUGCAUGUAGACUAUCCGAUUGGAAAUUAUGUUGGAUGUUUUCAUUUGGAUAAGUCUAAUCAAUCGGCUAAGGAAAUACAGGGCUUUGAGUCAUCUCUUGACUCGCACAGAUGUUAUUAUAUUUGUAACGAGAGAGGGUAUAGAUUUUCAGAGAUUGGCGAGUACGUAUUCACUAUAAUAACCUGUUAAUAUCAUCAAUUAAUAUUGUUCUCUAUACAAACAAAUAAAUAAUAAUACAAUAUAAUCGUUGAGUUUAAAGCUUACAGAACAUUUUUUUUAAAUACAAAAAUAUUAUAUAUAUUCGCAGUGAAUAUUGCAUAUGUAGCGAUGAAAAUCCAAAUGAAAACGGAGAAGAAAUUGAAGAAUGUAAACCGUGUGAUGACGAUGUUACAGUAUAUUGUGGCAGUGAAAACUCGGUUAGCGUCUACGAAAACGAUCGGUUUGGUUAGAUAUUAAAAUAUUAAAAAUGUACAAAAUUCAAAAUAAUGUUUUUAAUUAUACACAUAAAUACAUUUUCUUAUAUGCAUGAAAAGUUACCGGAGAACUGUCCAAAAAUCAUUUUGGAUGUUUUAAAAACAAUUGGGCCUAUCCAAUCAUGGAAGGCUGGAAUAUAUCAUAUUUUUCCGCCGGAUUGAUGUCAGAAAUGUGUGUGUCCAGUUGUUACACCCGGCGGUAUCCAUACGCAGCACUUGUGUCGCCGUAAGUAAUAUAAAGACUGAUUGGCGUAUAUUUUACAUAGUUUGCUCUCAGAAACACUACGCUCUGAUAAAUCACUCAUUUCCGCCUCUCUAGUUGAUGAAAAACAUUAUUGAUCUAAACCUGAUACUAUAGUCCAAGUAAUUAAGUGUCCUAAGUGUAAUUUAAAAAUCUAGUGGAUAAAAACCAUGACAACAUUUUUUUUUUAAAUAUUUGUCUAUGAUCGACGAAUUAUUAAAACCAGACCUCAUUCGUUUUGUUAAAUCCAUUGGGACACCAUUGGAAUGCAAGUUGACUUCAUUGUAAAAUACCUAUUCGUACUCAGCUUAGUGGUUCUGAGGAUACAAACAUUUUUAAAAUACUUGGCCGGUCCACAUAAAAUUUAACAAUAACGUUUAACACGUGCCUGAAUCAAAAGUUAGGUUUUCAAGCGUCACACACGGCGGACCCGAUCACCAACCCGCCGACCCACCGUACACAUUGUAUUAUUUGUAUUGAGUGCAUUUGAUUUUAUUUCUGUAUGUGUAUUUAUGUAGUGUGAUGACUGAUGAGUUUCGCGUGUCCACUGUCCGUGAAUGCAGUUCAAUUUUUUUAAAAUAAUCUAACAGGACUGGAAAUUGGCUGAGAGGCAGGCAGCGAUUUAUCCCUGCGCGCGAAACGUUCAAGAGAGUAUUCGCCCCUUUUUGUUAUGCCAUAUAUGUUCGCUGAUAGAUACUUCUUUCAUUUAAUUAGUCAGUAUCAUAAGGGAUUAGAAAAGAAAUAGUAAAUAAGUGAUCAUAUAUAUAUUUUAUAAAUGAUUGUGUCUGAAGGACGUGGGGGGAACACCGCAUAGAGUGUAUCAUGUAUCCUGUAUAGUGUUUGUAUCUCAGGGUGUGAAAUCCUGAAUUCCAAUACUGCAAUCGGGUGAAACAAUAAAACAUGAUAAACCCCGUCUAAAUAGACGCAUACAAUUCCAUUUGAUACGCCGCUAUAUUAUUGCAGACACAAAAUAUGGAUGAGAGCACUGUGUGUACUUAUACUGUUUAUCCACACUGUAUUAUGUCCACACUAUCAUUAUUGUUCGUGUUUUUACUGUAUUUGCGUGUGCUUCGUGUUAUGUUUGCAUUCUGCGUGGGCACGUCUAGAGAUACCGAAAUAUAUUUUAUAUAAAAUAUGGUGUAUGAUAAUAAUAUUUAUACUACGGUACAAAAUUAUUAUGGCAAACCGCAGGAACGAUUGUCUGUGCAGCUUCGUGAGUCCAUCGCUCGAAGCCAGAGUGGACAAAAAUUAUUGCAACGCCGUUUGUUCCGGUAGCUCAGAACACGUAUGCGGAGAUCACACUCACUACAACGUUUUCACCACUGGUUUGCGGACGUUCAGAGUCGCUGGACAUUAUUAUACGGGUUGUUAUAACAGUUCGGACAACGUUUGGGCCGUCAAAAGAAUAUUCACCUACGUCAAUACGCCGCAUUUAUGCUCCGAGUAUUGCGACAAAUUAAAUUUCCGGUUUUUCGGAAUCGAAAAUAGAACGCAGUGCUUGUGCGGAAAUAUCCUGCCAGCCAACAGUCUUAGAGUAGACGACGACAGAUGUUCUGAACUUGAUUAUUCUUACUAUUGUCCCGGGGACGUCAAUAAACAUUGCGGAGGACAUUCGGUUACGGCAGCGUUUAAAAUAGGUUAAUAGACUAAUUAUUACAGAUUUAGGGCUCGGAUUUCAAUGUGCUUACAUUGUUUUCUAAAGCUUGCUGUACGAUGCUCGUUUUGUUAAAAAUUAAUUUCAUAUAUUUUUGAAUGAGAAUAGAAUAUUCUAGAUUGCAUUUUUUGAUUUUCGAGUCAUUUUCUUCAUUUCUGAGGGUUUUAAAUCUAAAAUUUGGACUUAAAAUUUUAUUUUAUAAUUUUUUUAUAUUAACAGGAUUUUUGUAUGACUUACCAGGACUUAAGCCGGUCACAUUUUAAUUUAAUUUUGCAUUUUUUGAUCAUUUUUAAUUUUAGUCAUUUUCUAGUGUAUUGUAUAGAUCAUUUAUUAAAUUUGUUUACAUAGCACUUUUGGGAUUAUAAGGGGCAUACUGGCAUUACAUUUCCAGCCCAUUACUAUUAUUAUCGCUAUAUUAAUUAAACAUUUAACAAACUGUUUUCUUAAAUAUUUGUUAAAUUUUUCUUAUUUAUAUAUUUAAUUAUUAUUUUCCGUUAUUAAUAUUAAUUUAAUAUAUAUUAUUAGGGACAGUUACAGACAUAAUUUACAAUUGUUCUGAGGUUUGCGAUUGUUACUUUGUACAGAAACACAAUACAUCCAUAAUCGACUGUUCGAAAAAGAAAUUGAUUGAAUAUUCCGAAAUUUACUCGGUUUUCGAGAACACUCCGUCAUCGAUUAAUAUGAUCCUGAAAGAUAAUAAUUUUAAACGUUUACCAAACUUGACAAGUUUCCAUAAUAUUAUUUCGCUGGAUAUCAGUAAUAACAGUAUAACAAAAUUAGAUGCCAAAUUUUUACCGAAAAGUUUGAAGGUAAGAAAAAAUAAAGCUCUAAUGUUAAACGUCUAUAGUCUCAAAAAAGAAGGAUUUAACUCAAUCAUAUUUAAAAAACAAACGGACAUACGAAGUGUGGCUAUUAAAUAACGAGACUAGGUACGAAAAAGUGUUUUAUUAUUAAAGUUAUUCUACAUUCAAAUGCUCCCCUUCAAUAUACUCUCCUCCCCUCGCCACACACCGUUUCAUUCGUUUCUUCCAUUGCUCGAGGCAGUGCUGGAAGUCUGUUUUCGUAAGACCAUUCAGGAGUUCCGCCGAUUUUUGUUUCACCUCUUCCAUCGACUCAAACCGGAUUCCUUUUAAGCCAGACUUUAUCUUCGGAAACAAGUAAAAGUCGCAGGGUGCCCAGUCGGGUGAGUAAGACGCGUGUUCGAGUACUGGAGUGCCUUAAGCGGCCAAAUAACGUUUCACGCUUUAUCCUGGUGCAAGAUCCACGACUUGUUUUUCCACAAUAUCGACCGUUUCUUACGAACUCAUUCGCGCAAUGUUGCCAAAACUGUCAAAUAGUAAUGUUGGUUCACAGUUUGACCCUCUGGAACCCAUUCAGUCAUCACGAUGCCGUUGAUAUCGAAGAAAACGGUUUUGAAUUUGGAUUACGACUGAAUUGGAUUCCGGUGCACUCUCGACCUUCAGAAAAUAAUUUAUGCCACUCAAAAACACGCGCCCAAGAUAGGAAAUUCUCACUAUAGGCCUCUUUUAACAACUUAUAGCACUCAGUUGGAGUUUUUUUAGUUUAACGAGAAAAUUUUACGUUUAUCCGUUGCUCAUGUUUUUCGUCACACAUGGUUUCGGCACGAGAAAAAAACACGUUCGUUUCAAACCACUACUGCACAAAUACUAUAAUAGUGACGAAAACGUAUUUUGGUACGUGCAUAGAUAAGAUAUCUAGAUACCCAACGCAUUACUCGUUUUUUUCACUACCCAUCUAGGGCGCCCUCUAGGCGAGCAGUCUCGUUAUUUAAUAGCCAUAUCUCGUACUUCGCAUAGUGGGUUAGACACUGUUGAAAGUGAGAAAUUGAGAAGGUAGAGGGGAAUUUUAAUGUAUAACUGUACUCAAAGAUAAAUCAUUGCUAACAAAAAACGAUUCUGAGCGGAGUUCGAUUAGACAUGUUUUAAAAGGUCGUAAUAGUUACAAUUUUAAAAUAAUACAUUUCGUAUAUUUUCCUAUUUUGUCCUACGUUUUUUCCCAAUUUUUCCCAUUCAUUAGAAAAAUCCCUUGGAAAAUUAAAAAAUAACCUUCUUAAAAUACCACCCCAGUCAGAUUUACUUUCAGAAAAAGUUCCACAAUUGAAUAUCGGAGAAAAAUGUCUGAUAGAAAAGUUAUUCACAAAAGAAAAAAUAAAUAUAAACUCAGAAUCAAAAUCUAAAAUACAAAAUUACAAAUAAUUGGAACAAACUUAUGAAAAUUAUAGAAUUAUAGACAAAUUUUGGCAAAACAUUAUGCAAGGAAAUUAUAAAAAACUAUACGAAAAUUUGACUUAAGCCAAUCGGACCAAAGAAAUAUAUAACUAUUUUUUCGUUAAAAAAUAAAUUAUAUUCGAAGAAGAUUUUAAAUUAAAUUAAUAAUAAAAUAUGUAUUUAUGUACUCUUAUGUAACUUUUUUUUUAAUUUUUAGGUUUUUUACGUAAAUAAUAAUAAAUUAAAAUUCAUAGAUGAAAAUAUACGUGAAUUAUUACAACGUUUGGACCUUUUAAAGUUAUCUGGAAACCCGUGGAUUUGCGAUUGUAAUUCGAAGAUUGACUUACUAGAGCAUAAAUCAAAAGUCAGUUAUUUGUAUCAAAAAUAUUUUUGAAAUUCUAUAAAAUGGAUUCAUUAACUUUUUAUAGAUUGAAGAUUUUAACAGUAUUACUUGUGCGAAUCCGAAAUCAGGGUUUCUAACUCAUAUGAACGACGACGACCUUUGUAAAAAUAAUCAACUGAAUUAUUUUUAUAUUUCCAUCGUUUGUUGUUUUGUUUUAUUUUUUUUUUUUCUAUCCGCUUAUUUCGGCAUGCAUAAAACAAGCAUACUGUCCAUUCAAACCAAUACUGCUGCAGAACAAUUGUCAUCGGAAACGUUUAUGCAACGGAUUCAAUACGGUGAACUUGUAGAAGCUACUGAAAACUGGAACCCGAGUCGAAUAUUGGGCAAAGGCGGUUUUGGUAUAGUGUAUAAAGGAAAUUGGAGGAACACGGACGUGGCUAUCAAACGGUUUAAGACCGAGGUUGUUUAUAACAGUUAAAACAAUCUUUUUUCAAUAAUUUUAUCAAUUAUUGUUGAAAUGAUAGUAAACUUGAACAUAUUCCACAUUAUUGACGUACUAUCAACUAUAUUAUGAGUAUUUUAUUUUACAGGGAGUAGCCGAAAAAUUCGUCAAUAUGUUUACUCAAGACGAUGAUCUAUUGAAUCCGUGUAAAGAGAUAAUGUAUUUGAACGUAAUCAGACACGAUAACAUAUUGCCAAUGUACGGUUUUUGCUUCGAUGUAAGGGAGUCGUGUAUGAUUUAUCAGUUUAUGGUGAACGGAUCGCUCGAAGACCGGCUACAGCGUAAAGUAUGACGAUAACUUCAACUCAAUUUUCAUAAAAAAGUCUAAGUUAAACUCUUAUUUUUUUAAUCAUUAAAUUGAAAUUGAUAUAUUAAAUUAAAUUACACAUUGAAUGAUUUUAUACUGUUUCGUAAAUUCAAAUAAUACCUAUCUAAUAUAGAACGGAACAAGAUCGUUGUCUUGGAUUAAACGCGGGAAUAUUGCAGUAGGAAUCGCUAGAGGUUUACAAUUUUUGCACAACAUUGAAAAUCCAUUGAUUCACGGAGAUAUUAAAAGGUACAAACAUACGAGUCGAUUUUUAGAAUUAAUAAUACAUAAUCAAUUAGUAAACACACUGUAUAUUGUUUAUUAUUCUCAAGUGCUAAUAUUCUUUUGGACUCAAAUUUUGAGCCGCGAAUAGGAGAUUUCGGGCUUGCCAGAACUGGUUCGACAGAAGGAAGUUUUGACGUUAGUCACGUAUGCGGUACAAAACCGUAUCUUCCUGAUGAUUUUUUUGUAAACAAAAAGUUGUCGUCCAAAAUUGAUACAUAUAGUUUCGGCGUGGUAAAUAUAACAGUGUAUUAGUAUUAUAAUAGGUAUUUCUGCAAUUAAAAUCCAUAGAUAAACUCGGCAAGACUGGUUCAGGUAAAGAACACAACACAGAAAAGAGUGUACAAUCCAAAGUUUAUACAUAUUUAAUAGAAAUAUAAUAUUUAAACAGAAAUGAGCUGAAAUUUUAGUAUGAAGCGUCGCUGAAAGGACUGCACUAUUACUUAUGGCUCUUUUCUAUACUAUCUAUAGAAUCCAAGUUAAAUAUUAUAUUAACGAAAAAUGUUAUUUUUACAGGUAUUAUUCGAAAUUGCUACCGGCCUUAGAGCGUUUUACAGGUAUCAAAAUAACAAAUAUCUGGUAAGUAAAUUUUUGGUUUAACUUUAAAAAAAAUACAUGAUUUGAUUUUAGAAUUAUUUACACGUUUAUUAAUACGCUUGAAAUUGUAUAAUAUGUUAAUGAUCAGAAAGAUUAUGUGAACGAAAUAGAAGAGUCUUGGCUGUCUGAUAUCGCUGAUAAAACUGCAGGACAAGAUUCUUUUCAUGUUUUUGAUAAACUCAUAGGUUUUGGAAAAAAAUGUGUGACUGAUAAACCAGAAAACCGUCCGGAAAUGAACGUGGUUUACACGAAUUUGCAAAACGUCAUGCCGUCGAAAACAUAUUCACCGAAGUAUAAAGGUACGUUCGAUAUUGUUUGUCAAUAAAAUCGAUAUAAUAUAAUACACUAUUUUAUAUAUUUUAUAUAUAUAUACUAUAUUACCUAUUCGUAAUCCAUAUAACAGAUGACACUGCCCCCCAAACGCCAUAUCGCCCCCUCAACCGUACACACGGCCACUCCACAAACCGCCCAAACCUGAGAAAUUAGCCCGUUUUAAGUCUAGCGAAAAUAGAGUCAGAAAUCAGGUACCAAGUAGCUCAGUGAUAGAGCAACGGAUUGGCAAGUGACUCGGAUUCGAUUCGAAAUCCAGCCGUUUGAUUUUUAACACUAUUUUCCGGACAUUACAGCUAGCAAUCAAAUAAUCUAAUGUAAUCUUUGUUUUGCUUUUAAUACUUAUUUUAGUUGAAGAAAACAUCGAGAACACUAUCGGACAGUUACAAGUGCGUUGUAUUUAUUUGAUAAUUCGUAUCUAGUUAGAAUAAAAAAUAUUAUUUUUAGGUAUCUAAUUUAUUAUACAAUUUAUUAUAUUCGUAUAUCAAUAUACAGAUAUUUGAGAAAAGCUGGGGAGUUAGCACCCCCAGAAUCAUUCGAAACUUCUCCCAAAAUUGGUAUUUCAUAUAGUUAUCAAGAUUAUUCUGUCCUCCUCCUUCUCCCCACAAAAAAAGGCACAAUAUCUCUAUUUAUAUAAACCGGGUGAAAUAUUGGACGUGAUAUUUUUAUGAAAUUCAAUAAUAAAUUAUAUUACAAUUUAAUUGAUAAAUACAGUGGUAGAUUUGAGUAAGGGGACGUGGCGAUCGCUACCCCUUUAACUCUUUUUUUAAAUAUUUACAUCCCUCCUAAAAUUAAUAUUAUUUUUACUUUUUUUAUUUUUAUUAAAGGAAACCAAUGAAAACGUACAAAAGAAUGGAAAUGAAAAUUUAUCGAAAUUUAAAAAAAUAAAGAAUACCCUUUUAGCGCCACUCCACGAGAUUCCAUCGAUUUCAUCAUUGUAUUCAGAUUCUGCAAUACACGAAAUCGAUCCUCGCCAGGUCACCACGGCUGUGCAAAAACCUGAGAGUGACGAACAUAUUAUGACAGUAUUAUCUAUUACCUAUACGAAUUUAUAGAUUUUAUACAAUGUAAACAGGGCCGUCCUUAUGAUUUACCAGACCCAGGGCAAAAUUGUAAAUACUUUCAUUUUAUAUUCUGAGUGUGGUGAAAAAUGUAUUAAUUUUUCUAAGAUGUUUUUAUUUUUUUUUUUAUUCUGUAUACUAAAAUUCGACCAUAAAUCUUGCUCAGAUACAUACACGCGGCACCAUUUCUGAAAGGGAAUGUUUUCCGGGUGGUACUUUUGGGAGGUAAUUUUUUGAUUUUCCAAGCGGCUUUUCUAAUAUGUGGGAAAACCCAGGAUAAAACGUAUGAAAAACGGGAAAUUGACGAAAAUAAUGCUUUUAUUAUUUUUCAAUUUUGUUAUUUAUUGUAAGUCAGUUAAAAAUAUUCGUAAAGAUCUGAAAUUUGAACAGAAAUUUAUAUUUUACGUGGUAAAAUUGUCGAAUCAUUUGAGCCAUUUUUAAGCUUUUUAUAAAAAUCUUUAUAUUUCUGUUGAAAUUAAGUUAAAAAUAUUCGUAUUGACACUAUGGACUUGAAACUCAUAUUUACUUUUUCUAGACGUGGUAACAUUUUCGAAAAAUUUAAGCCAUUUUUGAGUUAUUUAUAGAAUUUUUAAUUUUGCGAGUUCUGUACCUAAUUUUUAUUCGGUAGGUACUCUGUGGUAAAAUUGUUAGACUUAGUUCAAUAAAUCUUAUUUUUUAGUGAAAAAAAAAAAUAAGUUUAAUGUAGUUUUGUUUUUAUAAAGGAAUUUUGAUACUACAUUUUGACGAAAAAUUUUUAAGUAAAAAAUUAUGUGGAACAAAUCUAACUUAUCAAUUUUUUUUUUUCGAACAUAUAUGUAUUCCCGAUUUAAGAAAGAUGGUGAAAUCAGAAUUGAGCGGACUGACUAAGUUUCGAAAUUAUAACUUUUUAAAGUUCAGAUAUUAUACAGAUAUUACAUGUUUAUAUUAAAUAACUCUAUACUGACUUCUUUACUAUACGUUUGUUGUAGUCGAAUGUCAUAAAUACGUAGUAUCAUAAUAGGAGUCGCGGGUGUGACCCCGAGGUUUAAAAAAAGAAACUGUUUGCAAUUUUUUUCCCUUUUAUCUAAAUAGGGAGUAAACAGAUGCAUUUUAAGUGUACCUAGAGUCCCAAGCCAUCGCUCGCUUGGACUAUUUUAAUCGCAAAAUACCCCUAGAUUUGUUGUGCAAACUUUUCUACCGGAAAUCUUGCUCCGAUAUAUCAAGUGUAGCUUAUUUUUUUAAAGGAAAUUGUAUCUCCAUAGUAAUUUAGGGAGGUCAAUUUUUUGAUUUUUCCAGUGGUUUUCGUAAUAUCUGGGAAAAACCGGGAUAAAAUAUCAGAAAAACGAAAAAUGUACAAAAUGUAGGUAUUAGUUGAAAAAUAUUUCGGCCUUCUUUUCUCCCGGAAAUUUUGCUUUGAUUUAGAAUGAUAUCACUUUUUCUGAAAGGAAAUCUAACUGGAAAGGUACUUUAAGAGCGUAAUUUUUCGAUUUUCCUAAGAGUUUUUCCAACAAAUGUAAAAAACCGGAAAAAAUAUGAAAACAUCGGUACAAUAUUAAACAAAUAUUAAAGAAAAUAUAUAAUGCUUAUUUAAUUAUUUUACCAUAAUAUAUCAUAGUUUAUAUUGUUGACGAAGCAUCACUAACAACUGAACUACGCUCAGAAUCGUUUUUUCGUUAGCAAUGGUUCAUCGUUGUUUACAAAUAUACAUUAAAUUACCUAUAACAGUGGCUGCACCCGUCUCUAUUAUCCGAGGACGUCUUUUUUAUUAUAUUAUAAUACGUGUCCUUUCGAACGCGAGGACCAGAGCCUGGGCUCUGCCCAGUGGCGCCGAUCACUAUACAUACGUAUUGUGGAUGCAAUACUUAUUUGAAUGGGUGAUGCCGGGCAGAAGAUGGUUGCCCGUAAGAUAAAUUACGUAUACAUUUUACGAGUUACAGAUACCUGGAUAAAAGUACAUGCAAUUUGUCCCGUAUUUUAGUGUAACAUAUCCACUGUUCAUUGGUACCUACCUCUUAUUUCAGAUUUUAUUUUUAUGUAAUACCAUUUAAAACUGACAUCGGCGUCACUGACCCUGCCCCUACCCCCCUGAGGACGGCCCAGAAUAUACGAUUGCAAUAAAAAUACAAGUUAAAAUAUUUGUAAUAAUUUAAUCGUGUAUUCCCAUAUUUUUUUAUAGGAUGGAGGAUUCUUUACAACCGAUUUUUAAGUCAUCGUGCAAAACCGACCACCUUAAUAAGCUGCAUUAAUCUUUGCUAAUUAAAUUAAUAAUACGCAUUUUUAAAAUUAUCACGCUUAAUUUUACGUUUGAAUGUCUCGCCGAGUUAGUUGGCAAAUAUGAAUAAUGCUUUUGGUUACAAUAUUAUCAAACCGAUUUAACCGUAUGGGUAUUCUAAUUUUAUGAUUAUUUACUUAAAUUUCUAAUUGUUACAAUAUUAUAAAAUAUCAAAAUUAAUAAAGAUAUUAUUAAUAUUUUUAUACUUUCGUAUUAUAUUUUACGUCAUUGGUGUUUAUAAAAUAUAAUAUAGACGCCCAGUUUACAUAAUUUGUUGAUUUUAAU